GGAUACAUGACUUGCUGAAAAGAGAGAAAAUGCUAUGCUGGGGAUACUCGUCUUUUGGACAACCUGGGAUAGGUAGCAACCUCCAGGUCAUCAUUCCUGAACCGCAGGUGUAUGGAUUCAUUCAUGACAGAAAUGUCAAGGAGGUGGCAUGUGGAGGAAACCACUCUGUCUUUCUGUUAGAAGAUGGGGAAGUGUAUGCCUGUGGCUUGAACACCAAAGGCCAACUGGGGCAUGACUGUGAAGGCAGCAAGCCAGAGCAAAUUGGAGCCCUGGCCGGGCAGCACAUCGUGCACGUGGCCUGUGGAGAGUCUCACACUGUGGCACUCAGCGACCGGGGCCAGCUCUUCUCCUGGGGCGCCGGUAGCGAUGGACAGUUGGGCAUCACCACUAUAGAAGAUGCAGUGACGGUACCAAGGUUGAUAAAGAAAUUGAACCAACAGACGAUACUGCAGGUUUCCUGUGGGAACUGGCAUUGCCUGGCUUUGGCAGCAGAUGGCCAGUUCUUCACCUGGGGGCAGAACAGCUAUGGCCAGCUGGGCUUGGGCAAAGAAUGUCCCUCCCAAGCCAGUCCACAACGUGUCAAGUCUCUUGAUGGGAUCCCUUUGGCUCAGGUUGCUGCAGGCGGAGCCCACAGUUUUGCCCUCUCUCUCUCAGGAGCUGUGUUUGGCUGGGGGAAGAACAGCUCAGGACAGCUGGGACUAAGUGAUGAACGAGACCGAGAAUCUCCUUGUCAUGUGAAGCUGUUGCGGUCUCAGAAGGUUGUUUACAUCAGCUGUGGAGAGGAACACACAGCAGUUCUGACAAAGAGUGGAGGGGUGUUCACGUUCGGUGCAGGUUCCUGCGGGCAACUGGGACAUGACUCCAUGAAUGAUGAAGUGAACCCCCGAAGAGUUCUUGAGCUAAUGGGCAGUGAAGUAUCCCAGAUUGCUUGUGGCAGACAUCACACUUUAGCCUUUGUGCCUUCUUCAGGAAUGAUCUAUGCAUUUGGCUGUGGAACAAGGGGCCAGCUGGGAACAGGACACACUUGCAAUGUUAAGUGUCCCUCUCCUGUCAAGGGUCACUGGGCAGCUCACAAUGGGCAGCUCUCAGGGAAACCUGGUACGUACUGUGCGCAAUUUGGAGUUGCAAAUGGACAUAAAUAA